AGAGAAGCAUGCUCAAGCUGAAGCUUCCCUACAAAGCACCAACCCUACAAUUGAUGAGAAUAAUAAGCCAGAGACAGUACAAUAGCAUUAGCACCCACUCAUGGCAACUUACCUGGCCUUGUUGAUCCUGCUAAUUGAUCUGAUUUUAUCUCCUGGUGCUGCAGAUGGAAUUCCCACAAAUGAGAACCUUCUUGUUGCAAUUCAAGAGAUGCAGAAGGCCAACUACUUCACUUUUGUCAUGCUCAUUAACAUGUCCCCACCAGAUAAAAUACCAGGGAACAUCACCUUCCUGAUGCCCAAUGACCGGGUGCUAUCAAAGAUUAUGCUGCCAGAGCAUGCGGUUACCGAAUUCCUGUUGAGGCAUUCCAUCCCUUCUCCCCUGCUCUUUGAUGACAUGAAACAUUUCCCAAGUGGGUCCACGAUUCCAACCUGCAAUUCAGACUUCAUGCUCAACGUCUCUAACAAUGGAAGAAGGAGCUUUUACCUCAACAAUGUACAGAUCAUUAGCCCAAAUAUCUGCACGACUGGGUCUUCAAUCAGAUGCCAUGGCAUUAAUGGGGUAUUUUCUGUAACUGAAUCGCAGCACAACUCCACGCCGCCUCCACCGACCUGCUCUUCUGCAACUCCCUCAAGGGCAUCGCAGUCUCCAGCUCCGGGAGAUCCCAUGACUCCAAUAGUGGCCGCCACAUCACCCACUAGUUUGGGCGAUGGUGCACAGAAAUCAGGCUCUUGUUGUGCCUUGCCUUCUGCAGCAUUCCUCCCCUUGAUAACAACCUGCAUGAUACCAUUGUUGAUGGCUGGUGGAUUUUCAAAUAUAGUGUUCAGUAGAUAG